AUGAGCAAAUUUACCAAGAACAACUCGCUGCUGUCUCCGUACCUUAGCCUGCCUCAGAACGGCAAGAUUGCAGCCGAGUACGUGUGGCUCGAUGCCGCGGGCAUGCCGCGCGCCAAGACUACCACGUGUAACGGUCCCAUUCGGUCGCUCUCGGACCUCAAGGAGUGGAACUUUGACGGUUCGUCGACGGGCCAAGCUCCUGGUGACAACUCGGACGUGUACCUCCGCCCCGUGGCGUACUUCCCUGAUCCCUUCCGUGGCGGCGACAAUGUGCUCGUUCUGGCCGAGUGCUACAACAAUGAUGGCACACCGAACAAGGCCAACUACCGCCACAACGCCGCGAAGAUCUUUGAGCAGUGCAAGGACGAGCAAUGCUGGUUCGGUAUUGAGCAGGAGUACUCGCUUAUGGGCGUUGAUGGCCGUCCGUAUGGCUGGCCUGAGGGCGGUUUCCCCGGACCGCAAGGUCCGUACUACUGCGGUGUCGGCUCUGGCCGUGUCGUGGGUCGUGAUAUUGUCGAGGCUCACUACCGUGCAUGCCUAUACGCCGGUAUCAACCACUCGGGCAUCAACGCUGAAGUGAUGCCAUCGCAGUGGGAGUUCCAGGUUGGUCCUUGCGAGGGCAUUGAGAUGGGUGACCACCUCACGAUGGCCCGCUACCUGCUCUAUCGUAUCGCAGAGGAAUGGGGUGUGAAUGUGUCGAUGCACCCUAAGGCUGUGCCGGGUGAGUGGAACGGCGCUGGCUGCCACACCAACUUCUCGACGCUGGCGAUGCGCAAAGAGGGUGGUAUGAAGGCCAUCGAGGCUGCCAUUGAGCGCCUCGGCAAGCGCCACCAGGAGCACAUUGCUGUGUACGGUGAGGACAAUGAUAUGCGUCUCACGGGCCGUCACGAGACGGGUCACAUUGGCAAGUUCUCGGCUGGUGUGGCCAACCGCGGCGCCUCGAUCCGCAUUCCUCGCCAUGUGGCGGCACAGGGCUACGGUUACCUUGAGGACCGUCGUCCGGCGUCCAACAUUGACCCCUACCGUGUUACGGGCAUUAUUGCCGAGACCGUAUGCCUCACGCCGUAA